UGUGGCGCCGAGAAAUGGUACCGCUCUUUCCUUCUUAAUCAUGGCAAUUUUGAAUCACUAUAAAGUCCCCCAGCCCUCCCUGUCCUCAAGCCUAAGCAUCUUAAACCUAUUAUUAAACACACGGUAAGCUUUGUUAAAAUAUAUAUAUAUAUAUAUAAAAGCAUCGACGAGGAGACGGAUCGUUUCAGAUUCUAUUUCGCUGAUUUUUUUUUGGGCGGGGGGGGGAGAGGGUAGAGAUGGAGUUUUUUUUGACGAUGGGGAAUUGGGCAUGCGCGGCGUUCACCCCGUUCAUAGCCAUCGUGGAGGCGCUCAUCUACGUCGUCACGGAUUGCUUCGACCAGCGCCCGCCGGCCCUCGUCCACCGCUCUCGCAAGAACACCUUCCAUGACCUCGCCGAUGACUCCCGCUACUUUACGGUGAACGAGGUGGAAGCGUUGUACGAGCUGUACAAGAGGCUGAGCAGCUCCAUCGUUGACGACGGACUCAUCCACAAGGAAGAACUUCGGCUAGCACUUUUCAAGACUCCAUCUGGUGAAAAUCUUUUUCUUGAUAGAGUUUUUGAUCUUUUUGAUGAAAAGAAAAUUGGUGUUGUUGGAUUUGAGGAAUUUGUCCAUGCACUCAGUGUCUUCCAUCCAGAUGCUCCUCAGGAUGACAAAAUUGACUUCGCUUUCAGGUUAUAUGAUUUGAGACAAACUGGGUACAUUGAGCGUGAACAAGUUAAGCAAAUGGUGGUUGCUAUCAUGAUGGAGUCCGAUCUGAAAUUGUCAGACGACCUUCUUGAAGCCAUAGUAGAUAAGACUUUUGCAGAUGCUGAUGCUGACGGGGAUGGUAUAAUUAACAAAGAGGAAUGGAAGAAGUUUGUCGUGCGACACCCUUCUGUUUUGAAGAAUAUGACUCUUCCUUAUCUGAAGGACAUUACCACGGUGUUCCCUAGUUUUGUCUUGAACACUGUGGUGGAAGAUUAAAUCAAGGUGAACCCAAAUCUUGGGUGCAACGAAGAGUAUGACCAUCAUGGAAGGCAUUGGGCACCAUUGAGGGUGCGCUUUCACCCUCCAUAAGCUAUUGAUAAAAAUCAAAGAACUGCCUUUCGGGAAGAUAUCGAUUGAGAUCGGAGCAAUGCACUGCCUAUCUGUUUCUGACCUGCAAGCUGCAUGCCAUGCUUGCCUAAUUGGUUUUACUGUGCUUUACAGUAAAAUGCCACUUCAAUUAUCAUCUGUACAUUAUUUUGUCGCCUAUUUUGUAUCGCAAGGAGCUGAGAAGUUGAGGUAGCACUUGUGAUGAGGGAGGUGGAACGCGUAUCUGCAUAUUGUGCUAGUAGUUUUAACCUCCCACACAAUCAAAAGAAAAAGAAAGAAAGAAAAAAAAAGAACUUUUGCUGUCUCGGAUUUUAUGCCCUUUCCUGGUCAUGUGCUUUAUUUUCCUCUGUGUCGCUUUUAAUAUUUGCGAUGUUUUAAGCCUUGGCUUUAAAUCAUUUGUUUCAGA